AUGGGAAGGAAAAGAAAUUUGGAAAAGCCAAAAUCUGGCCCAGGUAGGAAGGCAAGGAAACAAUCCGAUCCUAAACUGCCACGGUCGCUUCAAGAAAAAAAGGACAUAAAAGAAUUAAGCCAUAGACAGAAACAAAGGUUGACAAAAAGAAUUGAGAAGAAACGUAUUCGGUUAGAAAUUCAAGCCAAAAAACUUGCUUUGAAGAAUAAAACCAAAAAAGAGACAGAAGAGGAAAAGAAAAUACGUGAUGAUGAUGAUGACGAUGAUGAUGACAGCAUUGAAGUUUCUUCUCAGGAGGCUUCUGAAAGUUCUGAGGAAAGUGAGACAGAAACAUGUGGUGCCAAUACUAAACCAUUAUUCGAUGAUGAAGAGGAUGACUCUGAUGACAGUGAACAGGUGAACAAUGAUGAGAUGCAAACAGAUGACUCGGAUGACAGUGAACCGAUGGAUGAUGAAGUUGGAGAAUCAACUGAUAGCAGUGACGACGAUGAUGAUGUCUCUGAUGACCAUGAUAAUGACAACGAUGAUUUGCUUCCAAUUGAGAAAAAAGCUGCCAAAUUGCAUAAAAAAGAAAAAAAAGACAAGGAACUUGCAGAAUUAGAACUACAAACCAACAUAAAAGAAAUGGAAAAAUUUGUGCUGCCAAGUGGACAGGAAAUUGAAGCAGAAUCUAAACUUCCUCCAGACCUUGCUGUGAUUCAGCAUAGAAUUCGAGAAAUAUUGCACGUUCUUGCAAAUUUCAAGGAACGUCGAGAACCAGACAGAAGCCGCCUGGACUACCUCACAUUACUAAGAAAAGAUAUGUGCAGAUAUUAUAAUUACAAUGACUUCCUUAUGAUGAAAUUUAUGGAAUUAUUUCCACAAGAUAUCAUAGAAUUCCUUGAAGCAAAUGAGGUUGACAGGCCUGUUACCAUUAGAACAAACACACUAAAAACAAGAAGAAGAAACUUGGCUCAGACUCUUAUUAACCGAGGCGUAAACUUGGAUCCACUUGGAAAAUGGACCAAAGUUGGAUUAGUUAUCUAUGAUUCUCAAGUUCCCAUUGGUGCCACCCCAGAAUAUUUGGCCGGUCAUUAUAUUAUCCAGGGAGGUUCGAGUUUAUUACCCGUAAUGGCCUUAGCUGCUCAGGAGAAAGAAAUGGUUCUUGACAUGGCUGCUGCUCCAGGAGGAAAAACAACUCACAUUGCUGCUUUAAUGAAAAACACGGGAGUUUUAUUUGCCAAUGAUUUCCAUAAAGAACGACUUAAUGCAGUUGUAGGAAAUUUGCAUCGAAUGGGGAUCACAAACACUGUUAUCUGCAACUAUGAUGGCCGGCAGAUGAAAGAUGUUUUGAGUGGAUUUGACAGAGUUCUUCUUGAUGCCCCAUGCAGUGGAACUGGGGUUAUAGCCAAAGAUCCAGGUGUCAAGACGAGUAAGAACCAAGAAGAUAUUGGCAGAUGCGCAAAUCUCCAGAAGGAACUUAUUCUCUCUGCAAUUGAUUGUCUAAAUGCAGAAUCCAGCACUGGUGGAUAUCUCGUCUAUUCCACGUGUUCAGUUUUGGUAGAAGAAAAUGAAUGUGUUGUUGAUUUUGCAUUAAAGAAAAGAAAUGUGAAAUUGGUGCCUACAGGCUUAGAAUUUGGUGAAGAUGGUUAUGUGAAUUUUCAAAGGCACAGAUUCCACCCAAAGAUGAAUUUAACAAAACGUUUUUAUCCACACACUCACAACCUCGAUGGCUUCUUUGUUGCAAAAUUAAAGAAAUUCUCUAACAAAAUUCCAGGAACUGAUGACAAAAUCUCAGAUGAGCAGAAAAAAACAGAAUUUAAAAAAGAUCCUAACAAAAACGUUACAGAUUCUGAUGACCAAGUGAAUGGAAACAGUUCGGAUUCUGAUUCCCCGCAAUUAAAGAAACAAAAGAAAAAAGGGCUGAAGAAGAAGAAUAAAAAAAUUGGUCAAAUGAAGAAAUCAGGACAGAAAAAAAAGAAUAUACUCAAGAAAAAGAAAUGGAAAAAGAAAUAG